AUGCAUUACUUGGUCAACAGAUUUAAGGAAAUACCUGAAGCUCGUGGUCGUCAAUUUGAGUGGAACCCCUGCAUAACAUUCACUGAUGGUGACUGUAAGGAAGUGUUGGUGAGUCUCACUAUUUUGAUUACUACUACCCUCAUACUCCACAAAAUAUGGACUGGAUCAGCAAUAAUAUCAGUCUGUAAAUGUAAGCUAAUGUUCUAGUUCAAGAUGAAGGUUAAAAAGGUUUCAACUUAGUUAGGAGGCAAAGUGAAAUCAAAAUUGAAAAUCAAACUAGUUUGAAAAGAAGAGACCUUGGGACCUUAUGAUGCAGGCAGCUGGGCAAUAAUGAUGGCCAUUUUGCUCUUUGUAUAAUAUAGUUUUUAUUAUGUUAUACGCAAUAAACAGGGUUCUCAAUAGAAGGCGGCACCCGGCGAUUGAUCGCCGCUUACUUUGGGAUUAAUAGCCGCUUACUUUGUGUUUAGGUCGCUUUUCUUUGCUUUGUUUUGACACCUCUGGCUUUGCUGAAGAGCCUCCUACUUUAUCAGUGAUCACCUCCUACUUAAAAAUCUAUUGAGAACCCAUAAUAAAUCUUUUUGAACUGACAAGUGUCAGCAAUAAACCAGUUUGAAACCAUUUUAACCCAAAUUCCACUUUGAAAUACAUCGUUAACAGUGAUUACACGUACAUGGCUGGCUACAAGCGGACUAAGAUUGCCUUUUUGGAUAAGGAGACUGUGCUCUGAUUUCAAAGAAUUGCACAAAAAUUGACGAAUUUUGAUAGCUGACUGCUGUAUUUUCAAUCGACACACCCUUCUUUUCUUAUGCUAUUAAGGCCACAUGGGUGGUUCGUAUCACAGUAGCCUUUUUUCCUGAGCUUUUGCCCAUCAGGUACUUGAGGCACAGCGCAGUGAGAAAGAUGAGUGUUGGAGUGUAUGGCAUAUCAAUCAAUCAUUUUUCAUGGCUUUAUUUUUAACCCUUUUCACAGAGUUGCCAAACUACUGAUACUGCCAGAAAUCCAGCUGGGACAAAAGACACCACCUUUUCUGUAGACAGUGAAGGGAAUGCAGUUAUUACAUAUGGAAAAUCUACAGCAAGUGAUGGCACUGAAAGGUACAAUAUAUGAAAAUGACUGGGGUGUACAGCUGGUUAGCAGCCCAGUUGGGAGAGCACUGGUCUGCUGAGCAGGAGGUUGCAGGUUCAAACCCCGGUCGGACCAACACUCGGGUCUUUAAAUGACUGAGUCAAGAAAGUGUUGCCUUUGUUAUGACAUCUGCAAAUGGUUAGACUUUCUAGUCUUCUCGGAUAAGGGCAAUAAACUGUAGGUCCCGUCUCACAGCACUUUCACUCAGCUGGUUCUUGUGAGAUGUAAAAGAACCCACACCACUGUUCGAAAAGAGUAGGGGACGUAGACCCCAGCUGUGUGGCCGAUAUUUCCUGGGCUUGGCGGGUUAUCUGUAAGGAGAGAUCUUAACCCUUGGACGUCAAGGGGGAGGGAGGGAAGGGGUGGUUUGCCACCCCCUAACAUUUUUCUAUGAUAAAACAUCAGCACCUGAUUUUUUUUGUAGCUGUUUGUUUAUCAUGCGCAUUUUGAGACAAGUUUAGUUAUGGUCAGUUACUAUGGUUAUGACAUAUGACGUUAAAAGAAGCAGGUAGUCAAGCCGUUUUUUAGUGAAAAUUCAUAUUUUUUUUAACUUCUUUCAGGAAUAAAAAUAAGCUUGUGGAUAAAAUGAUUCAAAGUAAUAAUUACUUAUUUAUGUGUUAUUUUACAUGUUAAGUACAAAAAAUUAUUAGUUCUCACUGUUUUUACCUGAUUUUUUCAAGAAUUAUUCUUGAAAAAAUUUAACAGGGUACAUGUGCAUGGCAACACAACCAUCUUUAUCACUAAAUCAAUCAAAUCUUGUAUUACAUUGACAGACAGACGAAGAUUACAUUGAAGUGUGAUCUGGAAACAAAUGGAACCAAACCUACAGGCUUUACAGGAAAAGUGGAUGGAAAAUUAACAGUAUAUGUAAGUACAGUCAACUCUCUCGUAAGUGACCACCCUUGGUGCACGACAAAGUGGUCGCUUACGGGAGGUGGUCGUCUAUGGGAAAAAUCAAGAAAAAAACUCAAACUAAACUGAUUAACGUAAUUACAUAAAGUUAAAAUCUUACUAGCAAAAAUGAGGCAAACAGAGAACUGCUAAUAAUGAUGAAACAUUGUACGUAACAUGAUUAAAUGCAUGAAUGUGACAAUCCACUUUUUUACCUACAGAUCGUAUUACGGACAUCUCUUUUGUUAGUCAACUGCUAUAGUCUGUCAGCUAACUUGGUCAGCACUAUUCAAAAAUGAAGUUUUGUGACAUUCGAGCAACGGUUUUGUUACAAUCAUACGUGAUCAUGCCCGGUGAUCGCUUACCGGAAACAGAAAACAAAAGAAUAUGUCAAAUUUCUGGCCCAAAAAGUGGUCGCGGUCGUUUAAGAAAUUUACGUAGUGGUCGCUUACAAGAGAGUUUUUGAAACAGUGUUUGACUGAGAAACAAAACGGUUGUUUGUAAAGUGGUCGCUUACGGGAGGUGGUCGCUUACGAGAAGUGGUCGCUAUGACUCGUGAGAGAGUUGAUUGUUGCGUUCGAGGUACGAGAACGCAACCCCUAAUUUGUGUUGGUUGUUCUGUGCCUUAUUGCGUGUCCUGUGCAAUUUAUAAAGGAGGUUAUUUUGAGAUUGCAUUUUCGUCGUCGUCGACACACAUUUGCCUCACUUUGAAGUGCUUGCUUACGUUUUGUCUCACUUUGACGCGCUAACUCACGUGGUGUUUCAUGUGUCUUCAAAGGUUUGCUGAGAUCUGAUAUUCUGUCUUCGUAAAGCGUUCAUCUUUAAAAAAGUUUGCUGAAUCUUCGCAAAGCGUACAUCGAUCUGUGUUUGCUGAAUCUUCCAAAGCGUUCAUCUUUCAGAAGUUUGCUGUUAAAUUUUACUUUGGAUUAAGCCUUCAUAUUUUUCAGCAUGGUUCGUCACCGUCUUUGAAAAAUGUGUGCGAUUCCUGGUGCAUGGAUCAAAGCGGGUUUAGGUCGGCUGCCUUUGUGUCACAAAGUAAAUCUACUGAGAUGUGAAGCUCGGCGGCGCCAUUUGAUCAUGACUUGUGAUAUUUUCGGCACCAGACAAACGAACACUUUUAACUCUAUGUUUUUUAUUAGGAAAAACUUAUAAACCAGCCCGCAGUAGCGCCACUCUGAUCUCGAGUCACUGAAAUCAACACGCUCGACCAAAUUACUGGAAAAGUUAUUGACGUGAGCGGCACAGACACUUUCCACUGAAGGCUCAGGGUUAGUGCGAAAUUUGAAUUCAGAUGUGAAAGCUUUUAAAAAAGUAAGAAUCUUAAGAAUCUCACAUGCACGUGAGCUUUAGGGUGUGUAAGGCAAGAAAAAAAAUCUGCCCAUUUUCCAUACAAUGAGUUCGUUCAGAUCAGGCAGUUCAAAAUUGUCGUCAAGCUGUCAAAAAUCUAUUCACAACUCCACCCUCUUCAUGAAUUUGAUACACUCGGUGAAUGAUCAUUUCGCGAGAGACUAGCGUCUGUUAUUGUCUGCAGUUCAGGGCUUCGAAUCUUGUGGUGAACACUGUAUCCAGUAAUUGCAAAGCAGUCCUUAGCGUCGUUUCCCUGUGCAAUGUAGUGUUUAAGUGGAACUGGCAGUAUACCAACAAAGCCGGCCUGUGCAUGCUCCUCAAAGAGGGAGAAAGUCGAAAGAGCUGAGUGCUUCAGAUAAUUGUAGCAUGUGCGGCUGUUGUUUCAAACCCCAGUUCAGCGGUUUAAAGAGUGGGUGGAUAAGCUGAUUUUAGAACAAAUCCCAAUUCUUGCGCGAGCAAAUCCAGGCGAUCAUCAACCACCAUUUAUGGUGAAAGCUUUAUGAAAUCAUCAUGGUUGGGAAAGUUGCGACAUCUCAGACUUGGAUGUGUACUUUUCUUUUACAGUCUGGAACAUAUCUUUCAAGGUAUUGCUGUGCAGUGGGAGGAUCAAGUGGGGGCCUAAGUGCUGGCAGCAUUCUACUCAUCAUGUAAGGUUGAUAAACAGGGUUACAUACCACAACGGCGACCAGGGCGAAAACGUCACUUAAAAAGUGACUUCGCGUUCUUUGAAACUUCAGCGCGAUUAUCCCAACUCACUCACUUUUUCCAAUGUAGGCAAACUUUCCUGGAGUUGAAUUCUUAACAAAAAUAUUCAAGUUUAAGAGAAAAAGAGAAAUUCGUCGUCGAUAAAACGUGAAAUUAGGCAAUUCACGUCAUAGACGUNACAAUGAGUUCGUUCAGAUCAGGCAGUUCAAAAUUGUCGUCAAGCUGUCAAAAAUCUAUUCACAACUCCACCCUCUUCAUGAAUUUGAUACACUCGGUGAAUGAUCAUUUCGCGAGAGACUAGCGUCUGUUAUUGUCUGCAGUUCAGGGCUUCGAAUCUUGUGGUGAACACUGUAUCCAGUAAUUGCAAAGCAGUCCUUAGCGUCGUUUCCCUGUGCAAUGUAGUGUUUAAGUGGAACUGGCAGUAUACCAACAAAGCCGGCCUGUGCAUGCUCCUCAAAGAGGGAGAAAGUCGAAAGAGCUGAGUGCUUCAGAUAAUUGUAGCAUGUGCGGCUGUUGUUUCAAACCCCAGUUCAGCGGUUUAAAGAGUGGGUGGAUAAGCUGAUUUUAGAACAAAUCCCAAUUCUUGCGCGAGCAAAUCCAGGCGAUCAUCAACCACCAUUUAUGGUGAAAGCUUUAUGAAAUCAUCAUGGUUGGGAAAGUUGCGACAUCUCAGACUUGGAUGUGUACUUUUCUUUUACAGUCUGGAACAUAUCUUUCAAGGUAUUGCUGUGCAGUGGGAGGAUCAAGUGGGGGCCUAAGUGCUGGCAGCAUUCUACUCAUCAUGUAAGGUUGAUAAACAGGGUUACAUACCACAACGGCGACCAGGGCGAAAACGUCACUUAAAAAGUGACUUCGCGUUCUUUGAAACUUCAGCGCGAUUAUCCCAACUCACUCACUUUUUCCAAUGUAGGCAAACUUUCCUGGAGUUGAAUUCUUAACAAAAAUAUUCAAGUUUAAGAGAAAAAGAGAAAUUCGUCGUCGAUAAAACGUGAAAUUAGGCAAUUCACGUCAUAGACGUGCAGUGAAGGCAAAGAAAUGUACAAAAAAGCGUGAUGCACGUGCAAAGUUGUUGUUUUCCUAACCUAAACCUUUUGCUUUUUUGACCUUCUAGUUGCCGUCGCCGUCGCCGUCAUGACAUCUUAAACUCCCUAAUAUCCCGUGUUUUGCGGAGAUCAACCUUUUAACCCAAUCCGGUUUGCAAGUUGUUGUUCCCUAAAGGACACCUUAGUAUUUAGUUUGUAUACGAUGAUAUGGUGUCCAAAAGUCAUCUCUUGCCAUAACUACUUAUUGUGAAUGUAACCUGUGACUGGCUGGAUGGCUCCGGUCGCGUUCGUUACACUGUGAAUGACUUUAGGAAUUCCUCUGUAGAUGCGUCCAUUAUUCCAGGAACACAUUGGCUUUUUACUAAGUUGGUCAAGAAAGUUAGAGCUCAAAAUGUAGCUUUGUCUAUUCGUGAUUUAAGCCUAAACUUUCAUUUGUAGGAAAGAAAGCCGUGAACAGACAGAAAACUAAUGUACUGUUGUUUUAUUUUCAUGCAGAUUUUUCCCUCUGCUUCUUAUGUAUUUUAUCAUUGGAAUUCUUGUUAACCGGUAUGGACGGGGAAUAGAGAGCAUGCCAGAAUUGAUACCCAAUUAUUCUUUCUGGGCUGACAUUCCUUUCCUUGUCAAGGUAAAUAAUGACUUCUUUUAGAGAGUAAUAAAGCCCAGGAGUUAGAAUAGUAAGGCACUGAAGAGAUUACAUUACAUCUUUUCAAGUAGUAGUAAUAGUCUGCGUGCAAGAAAAUUAUUUCCUUUUGUGCUAGUCUGGGUACCAGAGGUUUUUUUCGCCCGUGCAGAUGAAUUCUUCUGGGCCAACAGAUCUUCGGCCAAAGGCCGAAGUCACGAACGGCGAAGCGGCUCACUUUUAAGACUUGGUAGGAUCAUAAUAGUAGUAUACUGUUAUCCCCAACAACAGUGACCUUGAAGCGUUAGCCUAUUUCCUAAACAAGCGUCCAGUUCUCGACCCACCUACAAGCACCCUCACCCGUCUUGCUGAACUUGUGCUGACCCUCAAUGCCUUUACCUUUAACGGAGAUUUUUACCAGCAAAUCGGAGGGGUCGCCAUGGGCAGUAAGAUGGGCCCAAACUAUGCAUGUCUUUUUGUUGGAUACGUUGAGGAGCGGAUAGCAAGCCAGUACCACGGCUUUGUACCUCAACUACACAAGAGGUACAUCGAUGACGUCAUCGGAGUCGCAUUUUGUAGCCGCGUGGACCUGGAAAACUAUAUUCGCUUCGUAUCCAACUUUUAUCCUGCUCUUCAAUUUACGCACAAUCUCUGA